AUGACCUACAUCUCAAAUGAUCCCAGUUACUGGCCGUAUAUCAAUUUCAAUAUUUUUGUCAGCUACUGGACAGUUGCCGCGGGCGUCGUGGUGGUAUACAAUUGGGUCUUAACACUCGGACAAGAGAUUGAACUCAUCUGGAGACAACGCUGGUCUCUCAUGACCGUGCUGUAUUUGAUUGUUCAUACGCUAUAUUGGAAUACCGUAUUCUGGUCUCUGUCUUCUGGAAAUUAUACCAUCGGUAUCGCUGACAGAUGCAGUAAGUACUCUGCAACCAUCUCAUUCCCAUCCAGUCAAUACGCUCAUAUGCAGGGUGCGAGGGCGUUCACUAAUUGGAAGUUUUUAGGCACUAUCACGUAUUAUGCAAUAAAUCUGACAAAUUUGGCGUUGACCGCCAUGUUGGGCAUGAUCAUGAUUGCUCGGUUGUAUGCCAUGUAUCAGGGAUCCAGAAAGAUGCUUAUGUUCCUUGUUAUUGUCUUCCUGGCUGUAAUCAUCACCUGCGGAGUAAUCGCGGCAAUAACACUCAACGGUACUGUACUAGAGGAGUUCAUACUCUCUGGCAAGCGUACGUGCGAUUAUGGAAUCGAUGGGGACAAGCAGCUUCUUUUUUCGAUUGUUUGGAUGCUCAACACUGUUUGGGAGGUCCUCGCACUAUGCCUUGCAGUCUGGGUUGCUGUGAAACACUUCCGUGAGCUGCGACGACUCGGCCCAUCAACAGGAUCGACCAUCGGGGACUGUUUCAAAGUGCUGAUACAAUCUCACGUUCUUUAUUUUGCAAGCUUUGUUUGUACCUCUUGCCUCCAUCUUGCUGUUUUCUCUCCAGAAAUAUGGAAUUCAUCUUCUAUUGGAACUGAGACACUCGAAGGUGCUCUUCAAAUUUUAUCGGUCGUGCAGAUGUUUGUGCUAGGACCACGCCUUAUUCUUAGCGUUCGAGAAUACCACGCCGAACUCGUGGCAGACUCCGACACAGAAACUAGCAUGAAUUCGAUUGUUUUCCAGGAGCAUGUACAUGUAUCGACUAGCAGUACUGUGUAG